UUUCCUGGCUCUCUGGCCGGGGGCUGAGCAGCUCCAGAGCGGAGUCUUCGGUCUCCCUGGGCGCGGGGGUAGGGGCUGGCGGGAGCUGGGACCGGGGCCACGGAGGACCCAGUAGUCCUGUGAGGACAGCAGCCCAGAGAAGGACAGGGACUUGCAAGUUGGUAAGAGUCAGGAUUUGAAGUUGACUCUGUCAGACACUGGAGUCUACAUUCUUUACAAGAGCUUGUGUGCCUCUGACGGAGCUGUGGGGACACAAAAAAACAGAGGUAACCCCAGAAUGCAAUUCUGGUUCAGAAUGAGGAAGAGUUUUUGCUUGCCGUAGAAUGUACUGCCUUGUUAGUAGUGAGCACCCUGCCACUGCAGGUAUCCAAAGCUGGUCAUGGAAAUGUCAGCAAUGCUGUAAGGAGUGGGGGUCAGAUCAGAUAACAUCCAGAUGCUGAAGUUUGGCCUUGUAUUAUAUUUCAGAUUUUUUUCAGUAAUAAAUUCAUUUAUUCAGCAAAAAAUAAAUUAUGUGUGCUGAGAGAGAGCAGAAUAUGUGUCUCCAUUCUCUGCUUCCUUCCAAGGAAAGAAUCCCAAGCCUGCCCUUUUUGUGAACUUGUGCCGGGGUCUCAGCAGGACCCAAGGAGAGCAGGAAGCCCAGCCCCAGCUCCGCACCACACAACCUACUGUGGGGAGGCCUUGGGCUCUGACAACAGCAGAGCUGGUUCUAGUCUCUGCCCUGACGCUGCCUAGCAGGGGCUUGAACAAGUCAGCAUUUCUUGUCUCAGUUUCCUCAUCUGCAAGAUAGCGGCGUAGCGCCAACAAAGGUGCACGUCUAGCAGGAGUUCUUCGCCCUUUCUGUUUCAGGAAGGCAGUCAGUGGGAGGCCCAGCCUGGGUCCCUGCGAGCAGCAAGAAGGAGAUGCGGCUGCUGUUGGCCCUGUUGGGGGUCCUGCUGGGGGCACCUGGGGCUCCAGCUUUGUCCCUUGAGGCCUCUGAGGAAGCGGAGCUGGAGCCCUGCCUGGCCCCCAGCCCAGAGCAGCAAGAGCAGGAGCUGACUGUGGCGCUUGGGCAGCCUGUGCGGUUAUGCUGUGGGUGGGCUGAGCGCAGUGGCCACUGGUACAAGGAGGGCAGUCGCCUGGCACCUGCUGGCCGGGUACGAGGCUGGAGAGGCCGCUUGGAGAUCGCCAGCUUCCUACCCGAAGACGCUGGUCGAUACCUCUGCCUGACACGAGGCUCCAUGCUUGUCUUGCACAAUGUCACCUUGGUUGUGGAUGACUCCAUGACCUCCAGCAAUGGUGAUGAGGACCCCAAGACCCACAGAGGCCCCUCAAAUGAGCACAUUUACCCCCAGCAAGCACCCUACUGGACACACCCCCAGCGCAUGGAGAAGAAACUGCAUGCAGUGCCUGCCGGGAACACCAUCAAGUUCCGCUGUCCAGCUGCAGGCAACCCCAUGCCCACCAUCCGCUGGCUCAAGGAUGGACAGGACUUCCAUGGGGAGCAUCGCAUUGGAGGCAUUCGGCUGCGCCACCAGCACUGGAGCCUGGUGAUGGAAAGCGUGGUGCCCUCGGACCGUGGCACAUACACCUGCCUUGUGGAGAACUCUUUGGGCAGCAUCCGCUACAGCUAUCUGCUGGACGUGCUGGCAGACAUCAAUAGCUCGGAGGUGGAGGUCCUAUACCUGCGGAAUGUGUCUGCUGAGGAUGCAGGCGAGUACACCUGCCUGGCGGGCAAUUCCAUCGGCCUUUCCUACCAGUCAGCCUGGCUCACGGUGCUGACAGAGGAGGAUCUCAUGUGGUCGGCAACAGCGCCUGAGGCCAGGUACACGGACAUCAUCCUGUACACAUCAGGCUCUCUGGCUUUGAUGGUGCUCCUGCUUCUGGCCGGGCUGUAUCGCAGGCAGGUGCUCCUCGGCCGGCACCCCCGGCAGCCUGCCACUGUGCAGAAAUUGUCCCGCUUCCCUCUGGCCCGACAGUUCUCCCUGGAGUCAGGCUCCUCAGCCAAGUCAAGCUCGUCCCUGGUGCGGGGUGUCCGUCUCUCCUCCAGCGGCCCCCCCUUGCUUGCGGGCCUCGUGAAUCUAGACCUACCUCUCGACACACUGUGGGAGUUCCCCCGGGACAGGCUGGUCCUGGGAAAGCCCCUGGGCGAGGGCUGCUUCGGGCAGGUGGUGUGUGCAGAGGCCUUUGGUAUGGACCCCAUCCGGCCUGACCAAGCCAGCACUGUGGCCGUCAAGAUGCUUAAGGACAAUGCCUCCGACAAGGAUUUGGCAGACCUGGUCUCUGAGAUGGAGGUGAUGAAGCUGAUUGGCCGACACAAGAACAUUAUCAACCUGCUGGGUGUCUGCACCCAGGAAGGGCCCCUGUACGUGAUUGUGGAGUGUGCCGCCAAGGGAAACCUGCGGGAGUUCCUGCGGGCCCGCCGCCCCCCAGGCCCUGACCUCAGCCCUGACGGGCCUCGGAGCAGCGAGGGGCCACUCUCCUUCCCUGCCCUGGUCUCCUGCGCCUACCAGGUGGCCCGGGGCAUGCAGUACCUGGAGUCGCGGAAGUGCAUCCACCGGGAUCUGGCUGCCCGCAACGUGCUGGUGACCGAGGACAAUGUGAUGAAGAUCGCUGACUUUGGGCUGGCCCGCGGCAUCCACCACAUUGACUACUACAAGAAAACUAGCAAUGGCCGCCUGCCUGUCAAGUGGAUGGCACCUGAGGCCUUGUUUGACAGAGUCUACACACACCAGAGUGACGUGUGGUCAUUUGGGAUCCUGCUGUGGGAGAUCUUUACCCUCGGGGGCUCCCCAUACCCUGGCAUCCCAGUGGAGGAGCUGUUCUCGCUGCUACGAGAGGGGCAUCGGAUGGACCGGCCCCCACACUGCCCCCCAGAGCUGUACGGGCUGAUGCGUGAGUGCUGGCACGCAGCACCCUCUCAGAGGCCCACUUUCAAGCAGCUGGUAGAGGCACUGGACAAAGUCCUGCUGGCCGUCUCUGAGGAGUACCUCGACCUCCGCCUAACCUUUGGACCCUACUCCCCUGCUGGCGGGGACGCCAGCAGCACCUGCUCCUCCAGCGACUCUGUCUUCAGCCACGACCCCCUGCCCCUGGGGCCCAGCCCCUUCUCCUUCCCUGGGGUGCAGACAUGAGAGCGGCACAAAGUUGUAUGGGCAGGCCGGCCAUCAGCCUUGGGCCUCCUGGCUGAGCUGCAAGCUGGUGGUGCUUGACCUUGGCACCCCCAGGCCCUGACCUAAAGGUACUGUCCCAGAUCUCUGGUUCUGCUUUGGGGAGGUCUGUCUUUGGUCCUGGGGUCCCCAGUUGAGACUCCUGCUCUGGCCUCUGGGUCUCAAGCCAGAGUUCAACCCCAGUCUCAAGGCCUUGCCCUUGCCUUGGAGUCAUGGCCCCAGUGUUCUAAUGGCUUGUUAAGGUUCUGCUUGGCCUCCUGGGCCUGGGCACUCGGUCCUUGUUCCAGGGCUUUGGUUGGUCCUGGCUGUAGGGCUGUCCUAAAUCUCCCCACUUCCCUACACCAAGAAAGGUCUUGGGCCUCUGAACCCCAUGUCCCCAGGCCUCCCCUGCCUCCCCUCUGCUGCUUAUCCCAGCAUCUCGGCGGAAGGAGCACUGGCCCCUUUGCUAGCUGAGAGGCUGGAAGCCUGCCAAAACACAGAAGCAAAUGGCCUUUUAUAAAUUAUUUUUUUUU